UUUCGAUUGCGAUUUACCUGACAAAUGUUGUGCAGCCUCGUAUCACUCGACACAUGUAAUUCACAUGUUUUGGAAUUCUUCUUACAGUUUUGGAAGAGGAAUUUGUAGAAGGUCUGAUUAACGAUCGAUCAUUGCGCUGUUACCGUCCAUAUAUCGAUAAUUAAGUACAGAAACGUACUGCAUCGCGCAACAGGAAUCUCUGGCUUUUGGGAUGUGAAAAAUUACAUGCAUGGCCUGUGUUUGUUGAUUAAGCCUCCAUUGGCGUUGAACCCGCUUCUACCGGUCCUUCGGACAUCUUACCUUUUGAGGAAGUGAUUACGCCGCGGAUUUUAUAUGGAGACCAGUACCGUUGGCAUAUUUUUCGGCGUUUGGGCAGCAGUUACCGUAUUGAUUGUGUUGGGAUGCAAACUAUUCGCACGCUAUUGCUACAGCCGAUGGGGUGUCCGUGCAAAUGGCCAUCCGGAAGCGGGCGCAACAACGAAUAAUAUUACCAUCGUAAUCAACGGCGUACCCAACGACACCGGUUCUACCGGUAAUUCCGGUCUCCACUCUCCGGAAGUAACGCGGAGAAUGCGUUUGUUGAACGCCAUGCACCAUCGUCUCCACCGGCAGCGCUCGCAGUCUCUCUCCGCCGUUGACACCGUCCGGCUUCCGCCCGGAGCGACGGCAGGCCAGUCUAGCCAUAACAGAAACCGCCGCCGCUGGGGCGAGGCGCGUCAGAUCAACGAACUGCCACCCACGUACCAAUUGGCUGUGUCACAUCCGUCCAUCUAUCGGCCUCGCAAAUCCGUGCCGUGUAUCUUUGAGCGACAGGAAACCAUCCCGCCGCCUCCGCAUUACGAUGAUUUACAAAUUGACACAUCGUUUUCUGUUGAUCUCCGGGUAUCCGUUGAUCAGCUGGAUAGCGGCGGGGCGGCUCUUUCGCAUAAUUUGUCCGUAUCCGCGCCAAACCUUUUCGAAUCGCCGGCCACUUAAUUAUGCAUGCUUAUCAAUGCGUAUUGUAUUUAAUGUUAUGUAUGAUAUUAUUUAUUACGUCAAUAAAUGAUUCUUGUAUCUUUUAUUGUCGUUAUCUGUCACAGACUCUCAGCGGCUAUACUAUCGAGUUACUUGCACGCAACAGCUGCAUGAUAUUAUAAGUAAUAAAAAUGAUUUGGUGGAUGUUUAUUGUUCCGAACAAAUUAAACUGAUGUUUUUCUAAAAGAAGCAGGCACUGGGUUGCAGUAAAUAGAAAAAAGACUCAUCUUGCAGUAAAUAAAGAAUAAACAGGAAGCUUCG